GUCUGCGGGAAGGGAAACUAAACUGAUCAACGAAAGUCUGAAAACGGAAUUACAAAAGACAAUUUAUUCAGAUAUAAAGCUAAGACCACAGCUGAUACUCACUCUAUUGUAAUAGGAUUUUACUGAAUGGGUUUUUAAUGUUUGCGGCCUGCUUCAGUUGGCCUAGCUAACUGGAUAUGAGGCAAAACCAGGAUGCAGUAGGCCUGAUCAAGAUCACAACGAGCUAAAUUCUGAUAAGUUUGCUUUAUUGAAUUUAAUUCAUAACUGUAACAAUUUCUGAUUGAGUGUGAUUGACUUGGUCUAUGUCAUUUGAUUAUUUUAAAGAAAAAUUUAGUGUAUUUUUGUCGAGACUUAAGAACCAGUAAGUAGCCUUUGAAAUACAGACUAAGAACAGAAGUGAAAUCUGUUGUUGAAAAUGUUUAGUAAAUUAAAAAGGAUGAUUGAAGAGGAGAAUAGAGCAAUGGCAGAAUCAUCAAUAAAACAAAGCGAGACCAGGAGUAUGGAUGAACCUCUAACAAGUUCUCUGUCAUCCGAGCUCCAGUGCUCGAUCUGUCUGGAUGUGUUCACUGAUCCAGUCAGCACUCCAUGUGGACACAACUUCUGCAAGAGCUGCCUUAAACAGUGCUGGGACACAAGUCAGACCUACAACUGUCCAUUAUGUAAAGAAACAUUCACUACAAAACCUGACCUCAAGAUCAACACAGCUCUCAGAGAGGUUGUGCUGCUCUUUAAAGAAAAGUCUGGCCAGAGUAAAUCUGAGGUUCUCUGUGACAUCUGUGAUGAUAUAAAGAUGAAAGCUCUGAAGAUGUGCCUGGUGUGUCAGAGCUCUUACUGUCAAACACACCUGGAGCCUCAUCACAGAGUCCCAAAGCUAAAGAAACACAAACUGAUCGAUCCUGUGGAGAAUCUUGAGGUCUAUAUCUGUCAGAAACAUGAGAAACCUCUGGAGCUGUUCUGUAGAGAUGAUCAGAGAUGUGUGUGUUUGCUCUGUGCUGUGACAGACCAUAAGACUCACAACAAUGUUUCUGUAGAGGAGGAGAGCGAAGAGAGGAAGCCUCAGCUAAUGAAGAUGCAGACAGACGUGAAGCAGAUGAUCCUGGACAGAAUGAAGAGGAUUCAAGACCUCAAACACUCAGCAAAACUUAGAAAAGAAACAUUAGAGAUAGAGAAAGCAGAGAGUAUUGAGCUCUUCACUGAUCUGAUCCGCUCCAUUGAGAGAUGUCAGUCUGAGCUGCUGGAGAUGAUGGAGCAGAAGCAGAAAGCAGCAGAGGAGCAGACUGAAGAGCACAUUAAAGAGCUGGAGCAGGAGAUCACUGAGCUAAAGAGGAGAGACACUGAGCUGGAGCAGCUCGCACACACUGAGGAUCACCUGCAGCUCCUACAGAGUUACCUGUCUCUGAGCAGACCUGCACACACCAUCAGCUGCACUGAGAUCAGUGUUAGUGACACUCAUGAGAGUGGGACGAAUCUAAGGAAAGCUUUGACUCAGCUGCGGGAGACUAUAGAAGAGAAACUCAGCAAAACUGAGCUGAAGAGGAUACAACGAUAUGCUGUGGAUGUGACUCUGGAUCCUGAGACAGCUCAUCCAUUCCUCAUCCUGUCUAAUGAUGGAAAACAAGUGACAAGUGGAGCUACUGAGCUUGAACUCAAAGACAACACAAAGAGGUUUGAUCAUUGUUGCUGUGUUUUGACAAAAGAGGGGUUCAGCUCAGGAAGGUUUUAUUAUGAGGUGCAGGUAAAGGGAAAGACUAAGUGGGAUUUAGGAGUGGCCAGAGAAUCCAUUAACAGGAAGGGAAUGAUCACAGCAGCUCCUGAGAAUGGAUACUGGGCUGUAUUUCUGAGGGGUGGGAAUCACUAUCAGGCUUAUGAAUCUGCUCCUGUGUCUCUGUCUCUGAGAGUGAAGCCUCAGGUUGUGGGUGUGUUUGUGGAUUAUGAGGAGGGUCUGGUUUCCUUCUAUGAUGUGGAGUUCAGAUCUCAUAUUUAUUCUUUCACUGGUCAGUCUUUCACUGAGAAACUCUUCCCCUUCUUUUGCCCUUGUAACAACGAAAAAGGUAAAAAUGCAGCACCACUGAUCAUCUCACAUGUCAGACAAGAUACAUUUACACCCAAUGCACCAAUACGAAUAUGAAAAUAACAGUUUAGUGCUAUGAAUAUUUGUUGUCAAACUAUGUUUUCCAGCUUUGAAAAUCUUAAUUUCUUCCCUUCUGUUAAAUAUUCAUUGUUUUUCUGAAGGGCCAGGAAUGUUUGCUUAAGACAUUUUUUUCUUGUAAAAUGUUGUAUCUAAACAAACAUCUGUGUUCAUUUCUAUAAAGUGAAGGGACCAUCCAGUAAACUCAGGAAAAACAUUUCAUAAACAAUUCCAUAUUUCACUUCUGAAUAAAGUUUCAGUGAGGGAUCGAUACAAAGGUACCAGCAGAAUGUAUGUUUUCUGUUUCAAGUGUAUUUUUGAAGUGUAUUCAUUCAUGCAUGGUUUUUGAGUCCUUAUUUCCCACAACUCCUAACAACUUUUGUGGUGGAGUUUGUCAAGCUCCUCUUUCCACUUUUUCAUCUGUAGAAAAAUGGGGAUGAAUGAUGCAGAAACUGCCACCACAAUUUUGUUUAUCAUGUAAUAAUGAAUCUUAAAGUAAUUAUGUUAAUAAUUAUGUCCAAAUGCAAAAAGUAUGUGAAAUAUGCAAUAAAAGUUGUGACAAAAAAUCUACAUGAUGAUCUAACAUACUCAGUAUAGCCGUACAUUUUGAUGUUUCAUUUCCACAAGAAGAGAUGGGAGGAGCUAUGACAUCACCGCAUUUGAAAUCUUUCAGUGGACUUAAGACUGAACAAUUUGGCAAUUUUUUAAAACCAUU